UCUAAGAUAAGAUGUGGUUCCAAUUAUACGUUUGUGGUUCCAAUUUUCCACUCGUGAAGUUUCUACAGAGAGGAAGUUUAUGGCCAUGGCAGUGAUCGCCGUGGCGGCCUUAAUUUUUCAUACUUUCUUUAGCUGGCUGUUGAUGCUGAGGCUGGGGUGGGGUGCAGCGGUUGUGCUGAACCUGUCAUGGUGGUGGCUCCGCUGGUCUAUGUUUUGAGUGGGACAUGUGGUGGAGCAUGGAAUGGAUUCUCACUGGAGGCCUUCAAAAAUCUAUGGGGGUUCAUUAGGUUGUCCCUCGCAUCAGCUGUUAUGCACUGCUUGGUAUUUUGCAAUCCCAGUUCUGUUGGCGGGAUAUUUAAAGAAUGAAGAGGUUUCAGUGGAUGCCUCUUUUAUAUGCAACAACAUACUAGGCUGGACAAUGAUGGCAGCUUAUGGAUUCAAUGUACCCAAACGGUUUGAAGCAGAAACAUCCCUAGCUCCAUCAAACUUUGGUUUACUGAGUUCUAACUAACAAAAAAUCUGGAGAAAAUCAAUAACAAAAGUAAAACAAAUUCUUGUAUUAAAUUUGGUAAGGUAAAAAUAUAAGGGUAAAUUACACUUACCUCACAUGUGUUUUGAAAAAUUAUAAUUACCUCAUUUCUGCCAACCUUUGUUCUUAGUUACAAUAACAGUUAAAGAUGAUUAAUAUUGAUGUGACAAUUUUUUUAGUUUUAUAUGAAAAAUAUGCACUUCAAAUUGCCAAAGAAAAUUAGAUUGACAAAAAUUUCAUAAGUUAUGAGAAUAGUUGUCUUUUCACAUCAAGUAUUAGAAAAGUGUUUUUACAACUACUUGAAAGACAUAUUGAUGGUAAAUAUAUACUUAAUAUGACUUUUAAGAUAUAACAACUCUUAUACUAAUAUGUCAUGAGAUAAUUAAUAAUAUACUAAGAAAUCAUUAAUUAAAUAUGCAACUCUAUAUUUAAUUAAAUAUGCAAAAUAAAGCAAUAAAAUAAUAAUAAUAUACAAGGAAUGAACCUGCACCGAGACUAGUAUUGGAUACUAUGUCCGUAAGACAGAUUCGCCCCGCUAUGGUACUAACGGACUCAGUGGCAUCUAUCUCCCAGGAUACAAUGGUCUACAUCCACCAGUAGCAGCACUACAAACUCGUGGAUACGACGAACCUCCUCCGUGUAAUACUCUCUCUGACUCAAAAAUGCAUCUAUAUACUAUAUAUAAAUGCUGAAUUGGGUGUAAUCCGAACUAAAUGGUUUGGACCAAUCUUAAUAUGGCUCGAUGAAAUUGAAUUAGGGUCUAAGUAGCUCGAACCAUUUAACCUAUGGUUUGAACCCACUUGGGUUGGGUUCAAGUCUAGAGAGGAAGAUAGAAGAAAAUGAAAAUGAAUGAAUUGCAAAUGAUCCAAAAGGGGGGUAUUUAUAGAAACAGAAAUGCCUUUUCGGAUUGGGUGUAUCUCUUCAUUAUUGGACACAACCA